GUCCGAGUCAAUCAGGACACCAACUCGGCUUUCCAAACAUAUAUAACGAGGAGUGAUGCGCCUCUCAAUAAUGUGCCUGUGUGCCUAUUUCAUUCUUUCUAUGAAGCUGUCUUUGCUGUCCGGGCUGGUUCCGAUCUAUUCAUUCUCUACAAAAAUACACGCUCUUCACUCGUUUGACUCAUACAUAGCCUUCUCAAAUGAGGCUUUCACUUCUCGCUUCUGCGGCACUCGUGCCCUUCGUUUCCGCCCAUUAUUUCUUUGAUGUCCUUAUCAUUGAUGGCCUUGAGACUAAAAGCAACGAGUUUGUUCGUUCCAACACCCGCGAGGCCAAGUACAACCCAACCAAGUGGGAAAAUAUUCGCGAUGAAAUGACCCCCGAUCUGUCCGACUUCCGCUGCAACAAGGGUGCCUUUACCUUUGCUGGCCAAACUGGCACCGCAGAGGUUCAGGCUGGGUCCAAGCUUGCCAUGAAGCUCGCCGUUGGUGCUAACUUCCAGCACCCAGGACCGGCCUUGGUGUACAUGUCCAAGGCUCCCACCACUGCCAGCACUUACGAGGGCGAUGGCGAUUGGUUCAAGAUCCAUGAGGAGAGUGUUUGCGACAGGAAUGCCGAUUUUACUGGCGCUGCUUGGUGCACUUGGGAGAAGGAUCGUAUUGAAUUUACUAUUCCAGCUGAUCUUCCAGACGGAGAAUAUCUCAUCCGUCCUGAGCAUAUUGGCGUCCAUGGAGCUCAUGUUGGUCAAGCUGAAUUCUACAACACUUGCGCUCAAGUCAAAGUUGUCGGCGGCGGCACCGGAACUCCUGGGCCCACGGUGAAGUUCCCCGGUGCCUAUAAGAAAGACGACCCGUCUUUCAACUUCAGUAUAUAUGGCGGGUACAAGGAUUACCCUAUGCCCGGCCCUGCUGUCUGGACAGGUGGCUCGAGCUCCAACACUGCAAAUGAGACACUCCCUUCUGCUCCCUCUCAGGGAGUCACCGGUCCUUGCAACGGCAGCUACCGCCGUGAGCACGCCCGCCAAUUCAAGCAUUGAAUGUGAGCUAUACUUGACCCUAUCGCGGUCCGCUUUAUUUCCGUACCUUUGGAGCGCUUGGUUGCUUGCAACCAUGAAACUUUAUUUUCUUCUACUCUUUUGUCUUCUUUUUUUGAGAAACUGCUGUG